CCAAAUACAAACAAACAAGCACUCUCCUGCAUGCAAGCAUGUGUUCGUCAAGUGUUGUAGACCAGAACUUUUAAUUAUGAGACACAAUCAUCUCAGCCGCCUAAUUAGCUUUUUACGCAUGCGAGUACAUACAUAUGAAUUUGUGGUUUCUUUCUCUGUACCAAAAAGACUCGCAAAUUCUAAAUAUAUAACAUAUUCCCGAGAGCGACAUAGAAUUAUCGAAAAAGAAAGAAGAUGAGCAUGUAAUAUACGGGCCAGCUUCGAGCCCAGUCUCCCCGUGUACGUGCUGCACUCAGCUAUCCGUUGGUCGCGCGUUUACGUAGAAUAUACUUUGUGAAGGCAGGACACAAGAUCAGCUCUGAUCAUGGACCCGGAAGCAUUUUUGGAUGUGGCCAAUCAGGUCAUCAAGCUGAAAAUGUUUCCGUUCUUUGAUAUCGCGCACAGUUUACUUGCCGCGCUGGCCGUGCGCGAGGAUUUGGGCGCCAACGCACAGGCCUUCUCCAGGAAACAUCCACUUGCCUGCUGGCUAUCCACAAUGCUGGUGAUAUUCGCUGGUGGCAUGGUUGCCAAUGGAUUACUCGGAGAGCCGAUAUUGGCCCCGUUGAAGAACACCGGUCAGCUGUUUGUUGGCACCGCUGUGUGGUAUCUUGUAUUUUAUACACCCUUUGAUAUUGGCUACAAGGUGGCUAAGUUUCUCCCGGUGAAAAUUGUCGCCAGUGCCAUGAAGGAAAUUUACCGUGCCAAGAAAGUGUAUGACGGCGUCGGACAUGCUGCCAAACUGUAUCCAAAUGCAUGGAUAAUCAUGAUAAUAAUCGGCACUUUAAAGGGCAACGGCGCUGGUUUCACCAAGUUGAUAGAACGCCUCAUUAGAGGUGCAUGGACACCGACCGCAAUGGAAUUCAUGCAGCCAACGUUCUACACAAAAGCGUCAUUGCUAGCUUCUAUUAUCUUCGUGCUGGACAAAAAGACUGAUUGGAUCUCAGCGCCACAUGCAUUAGUUUACUUCGGCAUUGUUAUAUUCUUGGUGUACUUUAAACUGUCAUCCAUCCUACUGGGCAUACAUGAUCCCUUCCUGCCAUUGGAGAAUCUGUGCUGUGCCAUCUUCUUUGGUGGUAUUUGGGAUAGUUUGGCGAAAAUUUUGGGCCGCGGCCAGGCAAAGGAUGGCGACAGUAAAGACGUUAAAAAAAGCAACUAACUUAUUUGUACAUUAUCUUCAAAUUUGUAAAACGCUGUCAACCAAAGCUACAAUUUAUUGAUUUCGAACGAACUUUAUUUAUUUGUCCCAUAAGUUACAUAUGUACUUACAAGGCUCAAAACCAAAAAUCAAAUUCAAUCAUAAGCAACAAGUGGGUGUGUCUGCUUAUCUUUGACUCGGAUUUCCUAUACAUAUUUUUAGUUCUCUGUUAAAUUUGUAGAGUAUUUAGGGACGUAAUCUAACGACAUAAACCUAGCCUGUUUUGUUUUUGUUUUUUAUUUUUUAAGACGACUGACAUAUUCAAAAUAGGACGAUGACUAAUUAAAUUUUCGAUUUGUGUCAGCACGUUAUUAAAAUCGGAGUAAUUGCUCAAUUGCGCAGUUUUCGGCAUGUCGAAGCUAUUUCAUACUUAUAAACUUACAUGAGUAUAUAAAAGUCAUACAUAUAUAUUUUUUUUCAAUCCUGUUGUAAAUAUUUAAGUAAUUUAUCGCAGAAUGCAAUUUUGUUAAAUAUUUUUUGUUUGGGUGCAUAUCCUGGCAAGUCAUACCUUUAAAGAGCUCACUACAAGAGAGUAUAUUUACAUACAAAAAUCGGACUUUUAGUGUACAUUUUGUACAGUUAAACAUGCAUUCAUACAAUUGAAGACCUUUGUAUGAGUUACUAACGAUCAUUGGUUGCAAUAAAUCAUCCAUGUGAUUUCAA